AUGCGUUUGUUAUUUCUGUUAUUCCCUUUAUUUUGUGCCACUUUUGAAUACAAUUUUCUAGUUUAUUGUCCGUUAUUUGGUCAUAGCCAUACCAAAUUCUUUGCUACGAUUGCUGAUUCUUUGACAGAUGCUGGACAUAAUGUGACAUUUUUCACACCAACAAUUGUGGAAAAGUAUCGAGAUGUGAAUUAUACUAAAUCAACCAAAGAUGUGGUUCACAUGGAGCCAUCCGAAAAAUUGAGAGCUUAUGGAGAACAAAUGGAGUCGGGAGAAUUUGUUAGAUUCUGGACAGAGGAUUCUUCAGCUACUGAAAUCAUUCCGGUAAUUGAACUAUUCCAAAAUAUGUACAAUGAGCAAGCAGAAGUGAUGAGGGAUAAUUUGGGUUUUUUGGAUGAUUUGAAGCGGCGAAAUUUCGAUGUUAUAAUCUUUGAAUCGUAUGUGUUCUCUGCCUACCCUCUAAUGGAUUAUCUAGACAUCAAAUCAUUUAUUCCAUCGUUAUCUCUCACUCAUGACGUUGCAUUGGCUCAAUCAAUCGAAGAACCUGCGAUGCCUAGUGUUGUAUCGGACGUUUGUUCACCAUUUGGGGAGAAAUUGAACAUUUUCGAACGUGCAUUCAAUGCAUUCGCUGCUCCGUACAUUGAUUUUGUCCUUGGUUAUCCAGUUCAUCAAUCUUUCAAACCCCCAUAUAAUGUGAUUGAUAUCAGAAAUUUCGAGCCAGAAGCAUCUUUUGUUUUUCUGAACUCCAACCCGUUUGUGGAUUUUCCCAGACCAACCCUCACAAAAACCGUUGAAAUCGGAGGGAUUUCUGUGGAUUUGAACAGGUUGAGAAGCGAGAAAUUGGAUGGCAAGUGGUCGAAUAUUUUGAAUCAACGAAAGAAAACAAUAUUGGUCUCAUUUGGAUCGGUUAUGUUCUCAAAGGACAUGCCUAUGGAGAACAAAAUUGCGUUAGCAAAAGUUAUGAAAAAAUUCCUAGAAGUUACAUUCAUCUGGAAAUACGAGUCAAAUGACACUGACAGUUUUGCAAAAGGAAUCGAGAAUAUUCAUUUCUCCAGUUGGGUUCCACAGACUGCACUUCUAGCCGAUUCACGUCUAUCUGCAUUCUUUACCCACGCAGGUUUAGGAAGUAUCAAUGAAGUUAGUUAUCUGGGAAAGCCGGCAAUUCUGUGUCCUCUGUUUGCUGACCAAAUGAGAAAUGCGAAAAUGCUCGCAAGGCAUAAUGGUUCAAUGGAGCUGACGAAAUACGAACUGGCAGAUACAAAGAAGAUUUCCGAGGCUUUCCAGAAGAUUCUAUUCGAUGAAUCCUAUGCAGAAAGCGCCGAAAAACUAGCGCGACAGUUGGAGAGUCAACCAAUAAAACCCAAAGAUUUAUUGGUAAAACAUGCGGAAUUUGCCGCUAGAUUUGGACGUCUUCCCGGAUUGGAUCCAUACUCCAGAAAAAUGUCAUUUAUAGAGUACUUUUUAAUUGACGUCGCCGUUAUUUGUUUUGUUAUUUUGAUCUCUGUGAUUCUUCUUUUGAGAAAACUAUUCUGUGUGAUUUUUAGUUUUGUGAUAGUGAAACAGAAAAGAAAGAUUGAGUGA